UUGGAUCGAAAUUGUUACUCAUUUAACGAUAUCUUGUUAGUUAUUACGACGCCGGGAGUGUUAAUUCCGUAAAAACGCGAGUGUUGUGUUUAUAAGUGCUAAGCGUGCUAAGAGCAGAGCCAAUUUUUGUACCGUGAAAAACGUAUCGAAUCGUGUUGUGGUCCCGCUAGCGCGAGUGCGACUGUUAUCGAAACGGACGUAAACAAACCGGGAAAAGUGCGCGAUGUCUUUCGACAACGUCGAAAAUCUAGUCCGCUCGAGCCAGAGCCUGACCUGGCGCUCUGCCCCCAAAUGUCCAAAAUGCCAUCAACUGUACUCUUCCAGCUACGUGAAACAAGGUCCAUCUCGCCGGGCCUUCAUACUAAAAUGUGACCAUUUGAUGUGCGAGCGGUGCAUCACCGAUCAAAUGUACGGCCACUCGCGGGCCGUAGUUUGUCGGGUGUGUAACGUCCGUACCAUUCUAGAGCCGAAGCGCCGUAUUCGCGAUCAGCUGCAGCACAGCUACCAAAUGCUGGGCUUCCUUCAUCAGCGACAAUAUGAGCUUUCGUGCUUGUCCGCUCAGUUGCCGGAUGAUUCAUCCGCUUCCGGCGCCGAUGGGCCGGCCGAAGAGGAAUGCGACAAGGAGUGUUUCGAGUGUAAUCUAACUCGCACUCGUCACUUUUGUCAGGAAUGCGACACUCCACUGUGUCGCGAUUGUUUCGAGAAGAUCCAUCGGGUGGGAAAGAUCCUCUCCAAGCACAAGCUGUGCUCGCUGUCGGCCAAACACUGGAUCCAGAAGGAUAUCAGUAUUUGCGAUGACCACAAGCUGACGAUGGUGCUGUUCUGCACCACCUGUGAGAAGCGGGUUUGCAGCGGUUGCCGAAAGGUGUCCCAUUCGGCGCACUUCUGCAUUGAUGUGAUCGACGUCAAUCGGGAGGCUCAGCCACGGGUUGAGAAGCUGAUUCAGGACAUGCAGCAGGCGUACGCAAUCAACCAACAGGGAAAACAGAAUCUCGAUCGCGUUAUCGAAAAACAAAAGGAAUAUACCGAUAAAGUUAUAAGCGACAUCACCGACUAUUUCUUUUCGCUCCACAACGUGCUUCAAUCUGUGGAGCAGGAAUUGCUGUGCGCUGUGCGAGAGCAGUACCUUGAGUAUAACAAAGAAACAAAAGCUAUCCAGAAGGAACUAAAUUCUUCCGAUCGAAAUCUCAAGCGCUCUAUCGAACAAUUUCAGACAUUCCAAGUGGCACUACCCCGGCAAACUCUUCUGUCCGACUUAAUAAAAGACAUGAAGAAAAUGCUGCAUACAGCGCCGGUGACGGUUCGAAUUCAGGAACCCACGGAAAACCCUUUCCGUUUUCGUGAGAAGGAACCGCUACGGAAGGAGAUCCGAAAUUAUUUCGGAUUGACCCACACGUCCGAAUGUUACCGCUACCAGUAUGUCCCGUUCUACACGCAGGAGCCCUUUCCUGUGCUGGAACCCGUAAGCUCUCCGGAGCUUCCACAAGCCCGCGAGCCGGAACCAUUCGCGUCCAGUAGUAGAAAACCUACUACUGUCGUUCAUAAAAAAGGUCACAGAGCUAAAGACUUACCCGAAGUUACGGUAAAAGAAAUCAACAAAACCAAGAGCGAUACAGGUUCGGAGGAAACGAAAGCUCUUCGAGAUCAUCUGUCAAUCGGUUCCGAGGAGAGUGAACAGCGCCGAAUCAAAAAAAGCAACAGCAAACGCAAACAUAAAAAGACGUCCCGUCAUGAAAAGCAUUCCAACGAAUCACCUAAAACGAACCCCAAGCCAAAAGCUCGCAGUCCGGAUGUGGUUUUUGUUUCCACUAUAACGGACCCGCAGAAUUCCCAACACAGCACUGCUGAGAGCCACAAAGGACAGCAACCGUUGUCAAUCAAAGUCGCACGAAGUGGUAGCCGGCUUGUAUCGUAUGGCUCAACUUCCAAUUCAAAUCAAAGUAAUUCAAACCCAGCGGCACCGGCCAUCCGGCCGGCAGAUGCUGCCCACGAACCGGCUCGUAAACCGAUUUUGGAAAUAAACCCUAUCAAUCCGGAUAACGCAACUUUCAUAAAGUACAGCCAAAAGGUACAGGUUACCUGCGUAGUUAGCCCGAGCAAGUUCUAUGUGAUCACGAAUCAAAAGCAGUUCAUGAUCAUAAACGAACUGUGCGAAAUAGAUUCGGAAAAGGUCGAAGAACCGGAGAAAAUUAAGGUCGGUUCAAUGUAUCUGGCACAACCGAUUGCCGAACGCAGCUGGUACCGGGCGAAGGUACUGAACCGGGGCAAGCACGGGAAGCUGUACGAAGUUUGCUUCGUCGAUUACGGACGUACGGACGAAAUCCCGCGGGGCCACUUUCGCGAAAUGACCGAAGAACUGCAGGCAACCGAACCGCUUGCCUGCGAGUGUUCGCUGUUCGAUCUGGUUCCGGCAGCCGGUACCGGCUGCGAAUGGAGUCCCGAGGCGCGUCAGUUGAUGAUCGAUUUCAUCGAUAACCAACACAUGAUAAUGUACGUGGUACAAAACGCAGCAAGCCCUGACCCGUUGCAGGUGGAUUUGAUUUCGCAAACUGUCGAUAACCCUAAAUCGUUGCGCGGUGCACUGAUGUAUCUAAAAGUGGCCAAAAGCGAAUCGAAUCCGAAGCCUGCUGCCGCUGCCGCAGCCGCAUCCGGCAGCACCAAAUGGUCGCCCGAUGCGCAAGCUAGGAUUAACCAGCUGGAAAAGAGCCUGCAGAAGUGGAACGCAGAAUACAAGCGGCAGAUCAAGCCCCGCGAACUGGAGCUGGACGAUGUGUUCAAGGCCCGGAUAACGUGCUCGGUUUCACCGAGCGAAUUUUUCAUCCGCAAGAACGCCUGGCAGGAGCAGUUCGACCGGAUGCAGCGCCAGCUGGCCGAGUAUGUCGUGAAGGAAGCGAAAAUUGCCUACCUUCCACACGUUGGAAUGGUUUGUGCAUUUGCCGAACAGGAUCCGGACGAUGUGACGAUUUGGAAGAGAGGACGAAUAUUGAAGUUGGGCGAAGCGCACAGUGAGAUUGCUUCCGUAGACACUGGUCAUCGUUUGCUCAUUGAGUGGCAAGAUAUUCGCUAUCUGCCGAAGCAGUUUUGCACGGAGCCUGAAUUUGCCGUUUGCUGCAAGCUUAUGCAUAUUCAGCCCUUCAAGCAGCAUAAUUACCGCUGGACACAGGAAGCGAUAACCGAUUUCAACCGGCUGGCGAAAAGCCAGUCCGUGUUCCAGAUUAUCGUAGAUAGUCGAGACUCCGAGCGGUGCUACGACGUAGCACUGUACGUAGUUAAAAAGCGAUACGAUAUCUGCGUGAACGGAUUGAUGGUGAAGAACGGCUUCGCCGUUUCAACGGGAUCGGAAAGCAUUGUGGUGGAACGAGCUAAGGAGGCGCCAGCUGCCGAUGAUAAGAACGUCGUUGACAGUGGUGACAACGUUAGUGAGCGGACGGUCGCCAGCAAGAGCUCGGCUGCUUCGGAAAAACGCAAAGCAAGAGCUCGGGUGGAACUUUUGCGUGUAUUUUCGCCAGGAGAAUUCUACGUGAGCCUAGUCAAGAAUGCAGACGGAGUUUCGCAAAUGCAAGAGGAGAUUCAAAACCGUAUGGAUGAAAAAAUGGACGAGGGCGAUGAUAAAACGGAGUGGAAAGUUGAUGAGAUUUGUCUGGUGUUUCCUACAAUGACUGCGGUUCCUUCAUCCGACAACGAUGGAAUCGGCUGCGAAUGGUACCGAGCGCGGGUGAUAGAGAUUGUUGACGACAGCAACUAUACGGUGUUCCUGAUCGACAGGGCUUUCACCAUGAAUGCCCAUUACUCUAACAUGUGUUCCAUUCCGGGUGAUCUCAAACAAGUACAUCCGGCAGCUAUCCGGUGCUUUUUGGCAUGCAUCGGUCCGACGGGUAAUCAGCCAACGUGGAGUUCGUCCGUUAUCGAUGCCUUCAAGGUGGCAAUCGAAAAGUUCGAGUGCUUCUCAAUAUCUCUACACGGCCGAAGUGUGAACGAUUCGCUUCCGGUUGUCCUCUGGGGGAUGACAUCAGAGCACACGACAGCCCUUUCGCCGCUACUCUACCAGUAUACCAACAUCAACAACAAUCUGGUACAGUACGGUUAUGUGCACCUAAAGGAGAAGUUUAUGCCCCUCUCGUCGGCUACUUCGGUGGAAGAGGAACUGCAGCGUCACUAUCAAGCUUUCGAUCAGUUCGUUCAGGCGCUGGACGUUGACAUGGAGGAACCUCGGGUGGAGCCCAGCUUCGCGGAAUCGAUUGAUACCUAUCAGGACGACAUUACGAGCGAACCGACUCCGAUCGACCGCUGGCUGGCGGCGAAACCUAUCGACAAGAGUAUCUUUGUCGGUGUACCGACGUACGUUGACAAUAACGGUGUCAUCUACCUGCACGACGUGGAAAAGGAACCGAUUCUGUCGGCCUUGAAGAAGGUCAUUAAUGCCAAGUUCGACGGCAGUAAGCAGCUGCCGAGUGAUAAAUUCUAUGCCAACGGUGAACCGUGCGUAGCAAAGUUCCACAUCGACGAUCAGUUCUAUCGGGCCAUCGUGCGCAAGGCGAUCAGUCCCUGUCGGUACAAGGUGCAGUUCGUUGACUACGGUAACAUUGAGGAGUGUGACGUUCAAGAUUUGCGUAAGAAUGUAAUUUGCGGACGUGUACCGAUUCUGGUUAACAAAUAUCGCUUGACGGACGUAUCGCCGAAAGAUACGGACACCGUGUGGAAGACGGAGGUGUUGGACACGCUCCAUUCGCUGGUGGUAGGCAAACAAUGCCAAGUGCGCGUUGACACGGACAUGGAUUGCGAUUCGGCAGGGGUGAUUCCUUGUUAUCUUAAAGUGACUGGUGAAGUUUCGGUCGAUGUUUCCGAGUACUUGCUGGAGCAGAAAAUGGUCAUCAAAAAGCACGGUAUCUUCGAAGAGAAGGUUGACCAGCUUUUCGAUCCGUACAUGAACCUAUUCGGCAGUAAGCGUGUGAAUUCACCGAAAACUCCUCGCUUUAAAAUUGGUGCCAAUUUUGGAACUGAACCUGCCAGCGAUAGUGACACUGAAACAGGAUCGCCACAGGAUUUUCGUGGUCGUUUCAGUAAGAAAGAGAUAAAUGAACUGCUGGAUCACGUGGCGGCAGAACAAUCACGCUCUGCUGCGGCGGCCGACUGUGAGGAGGAGCUGGACGAAGAUUCCACCGAAACCGGAAUCGAUCUGAAUAAGGUGCAGUAUUUCUUCAGUUUCGGCGAUGUCAAGCUGGAAAUUGAUUUCGACUUGGAGGACGGAGAAGUACAGGAUGAUGACAAGAAGAAUGAUGAAGCAGUUGGUGGAACUGCGACAGACGUUUCGUCAAAUGUUUCGUUUAAUCCAAACGAGUUCGAUACCUCUACCCAAAUCGAUCCUCCACUGGAAAUCACACGACCAACGUUGCACGGUUACCCGAAAUUCCAGCUGGACGAAUCAGUGAAGGGUUUUUACUGCGAGGUUACCAACCUCAUCAGUCCUUUCAAUCUUUUUGUGUUCCCUCAAUUGGAUGACCACAUCCAGCAGAUGAAGGAAAUGAUGGCUAAAAUCCAAUGUUACGUGCGGAAGCAACGGAAGUGUUCCGACAUCGAAGAAAAUAUGCCCUGCCUCGCAAUAUACAAACAGGACAGCUUUUGGUACCGUGGCCUCAUCGAAGAGUAUUUCCCCGAUCAGGGCGAAGUGCGAGUUUUCUACGUCGACUACCUGAACAAGGAAACCAUCAGUGUGCGGGACAUACUGAAAUGUCCGGUCAGUUUGCGGCGAAUUUCGCUGCGAAACGUUCAGGUGCAGCUGCACGCCCUCCGGGCGAAUCCCCGCAUGCGGGAGUCUGAUAUUAUGAUGAAGCUGGUCGAGAUAAUCGAAGGUAAGCGAAUCUAUGCCAAAGUGACCAGCCAUUCACCGACACUCGAGGUGGAACUGUACACCGAUUCCAAGUGUACGAAUCUAGUUUACCACAAGAUGAUCAAGGAGAAGUUUUUCGUUGUGGCCGAAUCGAGCCGACGCCGGGAUCAUUAGAUCAUUCUGAGAGAAAGAGAGAGAAAUUAUGUUGAAUGGUGAAGUCGAGGCGACAAAUUGAAGAAUUUUUGGUUUUAAACUUCCCGCAGGGUCCUGUACUGUUAUUACUACUAUUAUUAUUAAUUUUUAUUUUGAAUGGGAAGUGUGACACUCGUUUUCGCUUCUUCGAAAAUUAAUCCUCUAGAA